UUCUAAUCUAAAUAAUGUUUUUAUAUUUUUUAUGGAAAUUAUUGAUAUGAUUAUGAGACUUACUUCAAUGCAUUCUAAUACAGCAUUUAAAAUUUCUAGUGCAUCUUGUUCAACCCAACCUUCUUGAGGGCUAAACCGUUUCAAGUUAUUAUCCGGAUCUUUAAGCCGUAAAGACUAAAUAUAAUCGAAAUGACUAAAAAACUACCAGAAAUUCAACUAACUGUCAAUAAACAUGGCCAGUUAGUUCAGACAUUUGCUAAACCGAUUCAAGAUGGAAACUUGCCUAUUACGCUGGAAGAAUUUCAAGUUCAAGCAAAUGCCGCACUAACCCAGAUGAUAGAAGAUCUCGAUGAAUUGGGUCACAUGUUGGGUGAUGGCAACAUGCAGAAUUUGGAAGCAGAGAACAGUGCAGAUGAGGAUGUUGAUGAAGAAGAAGAUGAGAGUGAUGACAACACAGAUGGUUAUGAUAGCGAGGAAGGUGAGGAGUCUGGCAAUGAGGAUUUGAAUGAACAGAGUGGACCCAAAAAGAAGAAACAUUAUUAAUAUGAUUUGAUAUAGCUGGUCAAGAUUUUUUGAUGUAUGAAGUACUAGUUGUGGAUGUAGGCACCAUUAUAAAUGUAAUAAGAAGAAAUUAUAGUCACAAUGUUUCCUUUCCACACAAAUAUUAUAAC